AUAUCCUUCCUCAUAUUGUUCCAAAACAACGUCAUAGUGAAGCCAGAAAAAAUUGAACCAGUGACGACAUCGCCGGAGAUGGAGAUUAUGGCGGCGGAUGAUAUCGGCAUCGGCGUAGAUUUAUUCCCGCCGCUCUCUCCUCUCACCUUCUCUCUCUACGACUCGUUCUUCACCUCUCAUUGCUCUUGCUGCUUUUCUCUCCUUUCCCCAGCUCCACCGCAGUCUCCGGCCUCUCUCUACUGCUCCGCCGCUUGUUCUCUCACCGAUUCUCCCAUCGUUUCCCAAAUAAUUCCGGACCAUUCCCUAAUUCUCUCCUCCGACAUCCGAGCCGCCCUCCGUCUCCUCAAUUCCAUCCCCUCCUACGCCGUCGUCGCUGCUUCGUUGCCGCACCGAUUCGGUGGUCUUCUUACCAAUCACCACCGCCUAAUGGCUGAUUCCUCCUUCUCUGUCGCUAUCCAAUGCGCCGCCAAUUUCAUCGCUGUCGUUCUGAGGUCUGAUCGGAAAAACACCGAGUUAGAGGAAGCGGCUAUCUGCUCUGUGCUAACGAACGCUGUAGAGCUGCAAGAUAGCUCCGGACGCGCUCUAGGAAUCGCAGUUUAUGACACGCGAUUCUCCUGGAUCAACCAUAGCUGCUCUCCAAACGCCUGUUACCGUUUCGUGAUCUCUCCUCACAGCACCACGACGCCGUCGUUUCAGGAUUAUCCGAAAAUGCUUCCUCACACCACCAACACAGAGAAGGAACAAAUUGGUGUUUGCAGCCGCAUCACCUCCCUCUGGGAAGGAAAAACAGUGAGAUAUGGUCCAAAGGUAGUUGCGAGAAGUAUCAAGAGGAUCAAGAGUGGUGAGGAGAUUACUAUAUCAUAUAUCGACCUAAUGCAACCGACGGGACUGAGGCAGUCAGAUUUGUGGUCGAAAUAUCGAUUUAUAUGUAGCUGUCGACGAUGUACAGCAUCACCUCCGGAUUAUGUGGACUCUAUUUUAGAGGGAUUUGUUGCGUUGGAGCCUGAAAAAACAACCGUUGGCCAUUAUCACGGAGCCACCAACAAAGAUGAAGCAGUGAGAAAGAUGACUGAUCACAUCGAAGAAGCCAUAGGCGAUUUUCUAUUAGACAACAUAAAUCCCGAAACAUGUUGUGAAAAGAUUGAGAGUGUGCUGCAUCACGGUAUCCAGAUCAAAACAAAUUCACAGCCAUCUCAACAUCUGCGGUUACAUCCGAGUCACCAUGUCGCUCUUCAUGCCUACAUUACUCUGGCUACUGCUUACAGAAUCCGUUCGGUCGAUUCUGAAGCUGAUAUGAGGAAGGCUUUUGACAUGAGCAGGAUAAGUGCAGCAUACUCUCUCCUUCUUUCAGGUGUUUCUCACCAUCUCUUCUCCGCAGAACCUUCUUUUGCUAUUUCCGCCGCAAAUUUCUGGAAAAGUGCUGGAGAAUCCUUGUUAGAUCUGGCCAGGAAGUUUUCGAUGGAAUCCUAUAGAGAAUAUGAUGUCAAAUGCACCAAAUGUCUUAUGCUGGAAACCGGUAAUUCACACAGUGAAAUCAUAGAAAACUGUAGGCAGAUUCUGAGGUGUCUCAGUGACAUCUCACAACACGCGUGGAGUUUUCUCAAUCGCGAUUGCCCUUACCUCCAAAAUUUUAAGAGUCCUGUUGAUUUCAGCUUUAAGAUGACAAAUGGCGAGAGAGAAGAAUCGAGUGAGGACCAAAGGAUAAGUGUUCUCCUACUCUCUUUUCAUUGCUUACUCUAUGCAGACCUUCUGACUGGUUUAUGUUACGAUCGGAAGUCACAUUUGGUCUCUCAAUCGAUAGUGUGAUAUGCGGGUGAGGAAUAGGUAUUCUAGAAGCCAUAUAAUUUUAUAGACUUUGCCCAAGGGAGUUGUUAUGAUGUAGUUAAGUGCCAAAACAUGUACGAAUAUAUUUUGACUCAUGCUGCGCGCAAGAUAGUUUUUAUAUAUUUUUUUCUUAGA